UCCUAGCGCUGGGGAGGCGGCGGGGGGGAUGCGGCGGCUCAUCCAUCCCUCCAUCCAUCCCUCCAUCCCGGGGAGCACCGGCAGCUCCCUGGAUCCCCCCGGGGCGGGGAACCGGCUGCUCAAAAGGCACCGGGGAUGCCCCGACGCCACCAGCAGUGGCCGCUGACCGGCCCCACGUCAUGAGCGAGCGACUUCGGCUCCGGGAACCGCGGGCUCCCAGUCCCGGGGGCUCCGAGCGCCGGGGGCUCCGAGCCGCUGCCGGUGCCCGGGCAUGGGGCUCCGCCGCGUCCUGCUGCUCGGGGAGGGCAAUUUCUCCUUCGCCGCUUCUCUCUGCGGGGCCGAGGGCACGCACGUGGUGGCCACUUGCUACGAGAGCGAGGAGGAGGCGUCCCGGCGAGGGGGAGCCGCGCGGAGCAUCCGCAGGCUGCGGGAGAGCGGAGCUGAGGUUGUGUUUUCUGUGGACUGCACCAAGCUGAAGGACUACUUUUCACCAGAAAAAAGACAAUUCGACUGUAUUUACUUCAACUUCCCCCACUGUGGGAGGAAGGCUGGGGUAGUGAAGAACAGGGAGCUUCUUGCCCACUUUUUCCGUAGCUCCGCAGAAGUGCUGGCAGAGGAGGGAGAGGUCCACGUGGCUCUUUGCAAUGGCCAGGGUGGGACACCCGCAGACCAGCCAAGGAGGGAGUGGCACAACAGCUGGCAAAUAGUGGCUGUGGCAGCAGGAGCUGGAUUUAUCUUGAGUGAUGUUCAUCCUUUUAAUGCAGAGACAAUCCAUGGAUAUAAAUGUACAGGUUACAGGAGCCAAGAUAAAUCCUUCUGUGUAGAGGGUGCCCUGAACCACAUUUUCACACGGAGCACUCCACUCCCGUGUUUCACACCUGGGAGCUGCAGGAUACAACUGGAAAGCCAAAAGGUUUCUUUUCAAGUGCCACAAGUCCUUGUGGAUAAAAUUAACAGGGGUUUCCUAGAACCGAAUUCAAACCACCCAGUCCGGACAGUGAAGGAGGAGCUUGCUGCAGGGCUCAGCCAAGCCUUUCCAGUACAGGACACUGACUCCUGCCUUCCCCUGCUCCACCAAGGCCACCUCGAUGGGGUUUGUCCCUCCAGUAUCUUUUGGCUCGCUCUGAGCCCAGAGGAGACUCCAAGCCCUGAGGAAAUGUCUCAUGGACCUGCAAAUGGACCUGUUUUAUUUUCCUGUGCUGAUUUUUGCCAGGGCACAGAGAAGAAUGUACCAGAAGGACGUCACAGUCCAAAGCAGUUUUAUCUCAGACCGUCCCUGCUGCCUCAUGCUCAGGCAAUAAUGCAGGAAGGAGCCUUUUUCCCAGGGACACUCCGUGUUCUUUCUGGGCCAGUUUUCAGGAAGUGUCGUGUCACUCCUCACUCCAUGCCUGUUUUUCACGAGGUGCUCAUUGUGUUUGCAGUGAGCAGGGGUACAGAGAGCAGCUGUGUCCAGAUGUUGGUGAACAACGUUACAUCCACCAUACAUUCCCUUCAGCAGACUGGCACUAAACCAAAUAUCAACCUGCAGGAAGCAACGAGCUCUGAAACAACUGAGCGAAGUGACUUUGCUGCUUUUGAGUCUCAGCUUGGUAAAAUCCAGUACUUCAUGUGCAUGGAGACAGAUCCCCCAGGCUCCUGUGAGAAGGGCUCCUGCCUGGGGGUUAUAAGGACAUCUCAUGAGCUAGUAAGCAGUGAGCUGGUGGUUGUCUUUGCCUCACUGAACCUUGACCUCCUGGCCAUGCUGCUCUGUGGAAUAUCCGACUGGAGAAUGCUCUGGACACCGGACACACGGUUCCUGAGGCAGUUUCCUAGAGGAGAGCUGAGGCUUUUCAAGAGUUUUUCCCUCUAUCCCCCUUCCUACGUGCACGACGUCAGCUUUUGGGUUCCCGAGGGGGAGCAGUUCGACGAAGUUGCUUUUCACACCCUUGCCAGGGGGGUGUCAGGUGAAACGGUGGUUUCCAUCCAGUUAAGGGACAGUUUCCAGCAGGCAGGAACGGGGCGGAGGAGCCUCUGCUACAGGCUGACCUUCCAGUCCUGUGACAGGGCCCUGAGCUGCCGCGGGGCCGCGGAGCUGCAGCUGCGCCUUCGGGAGCAAAUCCAGCAGCAGCUGGGUGUGACCCUGAGAUCAUCCGGGAGCAAAGCAGGGCAAGUUUGGGCCCCCGAAGGAUCAACAGCUUUCAAGUGUCUCAUCUCGGCCAGGUUCUGUGCAGCCCUCCUGAGCAACAUCUCUGAUUGCGAUGAGACCUUCAACUACUGGGAACCGACACACUACCUCAUUUAUGGGAAGGGGUUUCAGACGUGGGAAUACUCCCCAGCCUAUGCCAUCCGCUCCUAUGCUUACCUGUGGCUCCAUGCCUUACCAGCCUGGUUCCAUGCUCGGGUCCUGCAAACCAACAAGGUCCUUAUCUUCUAUUUCCUCCGAUGCUUCCUGGCCUUCCUGAGCUGCAUUUGUGAACUCUACUUCUACAAGGCUGUGUGCAAGAAGUUUGGGCUGCAUGUGAGCAGGCUGAUGUUGGCCUUCCUGGUGCUCAGCACGGGGAUGUUCUGUGCUUCUGCAGCUUUCCUGCCCAGCAGUUUCUGCAUGUACACCACGGUGGUUGCCAUGACUGGCUGGUACAUGGACAAGACCUCUGUGGCAGUGCUGGGGGUGGCUGCUGGAGCCCUCCUGGGCUGGCCCUUCAGCGCAGCUCUGGGGCUUCCUAUUGCCUUUGACUUGUUGAUACUGAAGCAGAGGUGGAAGAGUUUCCUGAACUGGUGCGUGGUGUCACUGAUCCUGUUUUUGGUGCCCUUGGUGGUGGUGGACAGCUAUUACUAUGGGAAGCUGGUGGUUGCACCUCUCAACAUUGUUUUAUACAAUGUCUUCACCCCUCACGGGCCUGAUCUCUACGGUACAGAACCCUGGUCCUUCUACUUCAUCAAUGGCUUUCUGAAUUUCAACGUGGCUUUUAUUCUGGCCCUGCUGGUGCUGCCACUGACCUGUCUCAUGGAGUGUCUGCUGCAGAAGUUCCAUGUUCAGAACCUGGGCCGUCCCUACUGGCUGACCCUGGCUCCCAUGUACAUCUGGAUCCUGAUUUUCUUCAGCCAGCCCCACAAGGAGGAGAGGUUUCUCUUUCCCAUCUAUCCCCUCAUCUGUCUCUCUGGUGCUGUGGCUCUCUCUGCUCUCCAGAAAUGUUACCACUUCAUAUUCCAGCGGUACCGCCUGGAGCACUACACGGUGUCCUCCAACUGGCUGGCCCUGGGCACCGUCUUCCUCUUCGGCCUUUUGUCCCUGUCCCGCUCUGUUGCCUUAUUCAGAGGCUACCAUGGGCCCCUGGACCUGUACCCAGAGUUCCACAGGAUUGCCACUGACCCCAGCAUCCACACAGUGCCAGAGGGGAGGCCAGUCAACGUGUGUGUGGGGAAGGAGUGGCACAGAUUUCCAAGCAGCUUCCUGCUGCCAGAGAACUGGCAGCUCCAGUUCAUCCUGUCGGAAUUCAGGGGCCAGUUACCCAAACCCUUUGCCAAGGGCCCCCUGGCCACACGGCUCAUUCCCACGGACAUGAACGACCAGAACAAGGAGGAGCCAUCUCGAUACAUUGACAUUUCCAAAUGCCACUAUCUGGUGGACUUGGACACAGCAACUGAGACCCCCAGGGAGCCCAGGUAUUCCUCCAACAAAGAAGAGUGGGUGACCAUUGCCUACAAGCCAUUCCUUGAUGCUUCCAGGUCCUCGAGGCUGCUGCGAGCAUUCUACAUCCCCCUCCUGUCAGAGCAGUACACGUGGUACUCCAACUACACCAUCCUGAAAUCCAGGAGGUCCAGGCAAAGCAGGAAAAAGAUGGGAGGCUAGAACACACCUGGGCAGCCAAACCAAAAGCAUCUGCUGACACUCUUGGACAACUGCCCAGGCCAUCUCCAGUUCCCUUUUUGAAAGACUGGGCUCCUGAGAACUCUCUGGCAAAGACCUGCCCCGGGGUGCUUUGGCUCUGCAGCUCCAGCCGGGGGGAAGGUGCAUCCUCUGCUCUCAGUUCCCACUGUCAGGGCUCUGCUCUGCCCCCAGCAGCACGUUGGUAAGAAGCCAUUUGAAAAUGCAGCAGCCACCCGUGGAUGUGUUAUCCCUGCUGCUCCCUGGGUUGCACUGGAAAAGAGAAAAAUGGAAACUAAAAAGGAAUAAUGACAGGAUGAGGCUCUGCUCCAGGUUGCAAUCUGGCACUGGGAAAACCUCAGCUUCUCUCUUUCUCUCUCCUGCCCAUCCCUCCAGUGUCCCUCCUCUGCUCCAGCAGUGCUUUCAUUCACCUAGGGAAUUUUUUCAGGUAACAAUGUUUAGGAAUUUUCCUUUUUCUUAAAAACAAAAAGUGGUGGGGAAGAGGACAAACCUGCCUGACAGUGAACUGAGAUGCACUGAGUCUCUAGGAAUCGUGCACCACAGAGAAACAGCCUGAAGUUGCUCUGUCCAGGAGACACUUUCAAGGAUAAACCUGUGCUUUUGGGAGAAAAACCCCCCCCCAAACUUAGGAACUGAGGCAAUUAUCUAUUUAAUGGGAUCAGAGUGUUUGUGUUAUCUGUGAAACCAAGUGUUUGUCUGCUAUUUAUAGUAAUUUUUUCAAGAUACCUGUAACAUCCUUUCAAUUCUAGACUACAGCAUCUUAAAAAUUCUGGGAUUCUCCAGAGAGCAGAAGGAUUAAUUUAUAUAUAUAUAUAUAAUUUUUUUUGCAAUUCUGUUUCCCAGAAUAGACAGUGUGUGUUACAGGGGUCUCAUGUGCUUCAGAGCAAUGUUGUGCUUGUUAUGUCUCCAUUUUCCAACGUGCAGUGUCCCAGGCUGGAUGAAGGGGGUUGUUUUCACUCGCAUCCCUGGAAUUUUUGGGGAUGGGGUGGCACGAGAGGGAGUUCUACCCAAGCUCUGGGGUUAGACUGGGGGGUGUGUGCAGUGCCAGAGCAGGUGGAUCAGGGAUUUAGGUGCUGGGGAGCUGUUUGGAUGCAAAGAGAAAAGCAGGAGCCUCUGAGAACACGGGUGUUGGUCCAGGAGCAAAACUCAGGGCUGGGCAGGUCUCGUGGGCAGGGGGGGAAGGACAGGCUGGGAUCCAACACGGCACUGCUGGGACCAAGCAGGAGGAGCUGGAUGAGGAGCAAGGCCUGGGUUCAGUCUGGAAGAGGCUCUGAAUGCCCUGCAUUGCCUUGAGGAGGUUUUUUAGGGGCAUUGUGCUCUGCUAAAAGCAGUCUACAAACAUGGGGUGGUCACAGCACGGAAAUGCAGCUCCCUCCCAUUGCACCCCCCUGGAUGCAGGAGCAGUUUGGAGCUGAGGCUCCAGAUUCCAGCUCUGAAGACUUAGGGAACUGUGUGUGGCAUCUCAGCCUGGACCAUCUUCAGGGAAAUGUCCCCCUGUGCAAACAUCACCUUCCAUCAGUGUCAGAUGUGGAGCUUUGAGGUUUUCAGCCCACAAACUGGUGUUUGGGAUGAGCUGGUCUGGGGGGUCAGAGCCAGGGUGACAUCAGUGUUGUGGUGUCUUUGCCCAGGUGUCCCCCCAGCUCUGCCCCUCAGAGCAGUUUCACACAGGGCUCUCCAGAGCCAGCAAAUCAAAACCAAAACUCUCGCCCUGCUUGUUGCCUCUUCCCUUGCUAAUCCCUGACCUUAAAUCAAAUAAAGAAACAAAUCCCCGACCUUAAAUCAAAUAAAGAAACAAAUGCAGUUGAAGGACUGGUUGCACCUCUCUCUGGUGCUGUUUGUGUGACUGUUCCAUGUUGUCAUAGCUCAUAACCACAUGUUUAAUGUGAAAAGACAGUGCAGUAAAUAUCCAUUUUAAAUGAC